GGAAAUACAACAGUAUCUGACAUCUGGAAGAAUAAAGGAAGCCAAACUCUCUUCAUCUCAGUGGUCAGCUGUAGUUUUUGUGUUGUUGACAUCAGAAGAGGAAUUGAAUGAGUUUUGUCUUGAUAAAUUUGUUAAAGAAAAGAAUAAGGCUGAAAACAUGAAAGUUCUUCAGAAGUUGCUGCCUGUGAUUAAAGAAUCCAGAUCAGUUCAGUUGAGUUAUUGUGGCGUCACAGAUGAAGGUUGUUCUGCUCUGGCUUCAGCUCUGAGAUCAAACCCCUCACACCUGAGAGAACUGAGUCUAUCUGGGAAUAAAAUAAGAGACUCGGGAGUGAAGCAUCUCUGUGCUGUACUGAAGGAUCCUCGCUGUAAACUGGAGAAACUGAGGUUGAGUGAUUGUGGUGUCACAGAUGAAGGUUGUUCUGCUCUGGCUUCAGCUCUGAGAUCAAACCCCUCACACCUGAGAGAACUGAGACUGUCUGGGAAUAAACUAAGAGACUCGGGAGUGAAGUUACUCUCUGAUCUGAAAGAUGAUCCAUGUUAUAAACUGGAGAGAUUAUACUACUGACUCUCAGUAUUUAGACGUCAGUUCAGUUUCCUCAGGAUCAGCUGAUGGUGAAUAAGAGCUGUAUACAGAGAAAAAUGAUCAAAUAUUUCCAAAUCAUCCUCACAUUGAUUGGAUCCUACUGUGACGAGAGCGAGUCCCCAUCUGUUAUGCAGAUUUAAAA